CUCAAGUUGGGGAUCCUCGGCUGCUCGCCGCCACCGCCUGCGGUCCCUGCCUGCCCCGGGCCCCGGGCAUAGCCGCCUCCCUCCGACUCCUCGCGUUUCUCGCUCGGCUUGCUCCUUUUUGAACGGAAAGCAGUCCUUCUCGGCCGAGGAUCGUCCCCAGCGUGGCUCCGCGUUCCCGGUCACUUUUUGAGGUUUCUCGGGGACACUCGGCGGCUUCCCGGAUUCCAGGGGCGAUCGGACCUCUGAGCGCUGGGGGCCAGUAGAACGGUUGACCAGGGGAAGAGCACGGGCUUAGCGGAGGCUCACACGGAGGCAAGAACUUAUUCAACAAGUUUAUCCUCCUGCCUUUCUCUUUUCGAUGUGCGUUUUCGGACAUGCGGAGGUUACUGGAACCGUGUUGGUGGAUUUUGUUCCUGAAAAUCACCAGUUCAGUGCUCCACUAUGUCGUGUGCUUCCCCGCGCUGACAGAAGGCUACGUUGGGGCUCUGCAGGAGAACAGACACGGCAGCUCAGCGCAGAUCCGCAGGCGCAAGGCUUCCGGGGACCCUUACUGGGCCUACUCUGGUGCCUCUGGGCCUGAGCACUGGGUGACAUCUAGUGUCAGCUGCGGGGGCCGUCACCAGUCUCCUAUAGACAUUUUAGACCAGCACGCCCGUAUUGGGGAAGAGUACCAGGAGCUGCAGCUCGAUGGCUUCGACAAUGAGUCUUCUAACAAAACCUGGAUGAAAAACACAGGGAAAACAGUUGCCAUCCUUCUGAAGGACGAUUAUUUUGUCAGCGGCGCUGGCCUCCCUGGCAGAUUCAAGGCCGAGAAGGUAGAAUUUCACUGGGGCCAUAGCAACGGCUCCGCGGGCUCUGAACACAGCAUCAAUGGCAGGCGGUUUCCUGUUGAGAUGCAGAUUUUCUUUUACAAUCCAGACGACUUUGACAGCUUUCAAACUGCAAUUUCUGAAAACAGAAUAAUCGGAGCCAUGGCCAUAUUUUUUCAGGUCAGUCCAAGGGACAAUUCUGCACUGGAUCCUAUUAUCCAUGGGUUGAAGGGCGUCGUACAUCACGAGAAGGAGACCUUUCUGGAUCCUUUCGUCCUCCGGGACCUCCUGCCUGCAUCCCUGGGCAGCUAUUACCGGUACACAGGUUCUCUGACCACCCCACCGUGUAGUGAAAUUGUGGAGUGGAUCGUCUUCCGGAAGCCACUCCCCAUCUCUUACCAUCAGCUCGAGGCUUUUUAUUCUAUCUUCACCACGGAGCAGCAAGACCACGUCAAGUCAGUGGAGUAUCUGAGAAAUAAUUUUCGACCACAGCAGGGUCUGAAUGACAGGGUGGUGUCCAAAUCCGCCGUCCGAGACGCCUGGAACCAUGACAUGACAGACUUCUUAGAAAACCCCCUGGGGACGGAAGCCUCGAAAGUUUGCAGCUCUCCGCCCAUCCACAUGAAGGUGCAGCCUCUGAACCAGACGGCGCUGCAAGUGUCCUGGAGCCAGCCCGAGACCAUCUACCACCCCCCUAUCAUGAACUACAUGAUCUCCUACAGCUGGACGAAGAACGAGGACGAGAAGGAGAAGACGUUUACAAAGGACAGUGACCAAGACCUGAAAGCUACCAUUAGCCAUGUCUCACCUGAUAGCCUUUACCUGUUCCGCGUCCAGGCUGUGUGUCGGAACGACAUGCGCAGCGACUUCAGUCAGACGAUGCUCUUUCAAGCUAAUACCACUCGAAUAUUCCAAGGGACCAGAAUUGUUAAAACAGGAGUGCCCACAGCGUCUCCUGCCUCUUCGGCUGACAUGGCCCCCAUCAGCUCGGGGUCUUCGACCUGGACAUCCUCUGGCAUCCCCUUCUCAUUUGUUUCCAUGGCGACUGGGAUGGGCCCGUCCUCCAGCGGCAGCCAGGCGACAGUGGCCUCGGUGGUCACCAGCACACUCCUGGCUGGCCUGGGGUUCAGCGGCGGCGGCAUCUCCUCCUUCCCCAGCACCGUGUGGCCCACGCGUCUCCCCACGGCAGCUUCGGCCAGCAAGCAGGCCGUGAGGCCAGUUCAGGCCACCACAGAGGCCGUGGCUGCUCCAGGCCCGGACGGCGAUUCGGCACCGACCAAGGACAAUGAGGGUACCGAGGAAGGGGAAAAGGAUGAGAAAAGGGAGAGUGAGGACGGGGAGCGGGAACACGAGGAGGAGGGGGAGAAGGACUCCGAGAAGAAGGAGAAGAGUGGGGUGACCCACGCCGCCCAAGAGCGGAACCAGAGCGAGCCCUCCCCCAUGCCCUCGUCUCCCAGUAGAACUGCCCAGGAUGGGGGCCAGCAGACUGUACCUGGGCCCGAGCAAGACAGCACUGCCGUCCCCACCGACCGGCCCGCUGACACAAGGGACGCCGACCGUGGCCUGGCCUCCAAUUCUGUCACCUCCACCCAAGUGCCCCCCACAGUCACAGAGGAACAUUAUGAUGGGAGUGAUCCCAAGAGCCCUGCAGUGCCAUCUAAAAAGUCUGUGUCCCAAGGGAACCGGCUUUCCGAGGAUAGCAGAUUUAUCACUGUUAACCCAGCAGAAAAGAACACCUCUGGGAUGAUAAGCCGCCCUUCUCCGGGGAGGAUGGAGUGGAUCAUCCCUCUGAUUGUGGUAUCAGCCUUGACCUUCGUGUGCCUCAUCCUUCUCAUUGCUGUGCUAGUUUACUGGAGAGGGUGUAACAAAAUAAAGUCGAAGGGCUUUCCCAGACGUUUCCAUGAAGUGCCUUCUUCUGGGGAGAGAGGAGAGAAGGGGAGCAGAAAAUGUUUUCAGACAGCUCAUUUCUAUGUGGAAGAUAGCAGUUCACCUCGGGUGGUCCCCAAUGAAAGUAUUCCUAUUAUUCCUAUUCCGGAUGACAUGGAAGCCAUUCCUGUCAAACAGUUUGUGAAACACAUUGGUGAGCUCUAUUCUAAUAACCAGCAUGGGUUCUCCGAGGAUUUUGAGGAAGUCCAGCGCUGUACGGCUGAUAUGAACAUCACUGCAGAACGUUCCAAUCAUCCAGACAACAAGCACAAAAACAGAUACAUCAAUAUUUUAGCAUAUGAUCACAGUAGAGUGAAGUUAAGACCUUUACCAGGAAAAGACUCUAAGCACAGCGACUACAUUAAUGCAAACUAUGUCGAUGGUUACAACAAAGCAAAAGCCUACAUUGCCACCCAGGGACCUUUAAAGUCUACAUUUGAAGAUUUCUGGAGGAUGAUUUGGGAACAAAACACUGGAAUCAUUAUCAUGAUUACGAAUCUUGUGGAAAAAGGAAGACGAAAAUGUGAUCAGUACUGGCCCACAGAGAAUAGUGAGGAGUAUGGAAACAUUAUAGUCACGCUGAAGAGCACAAAAGUACACGCCUGCUAUACUGUUCGUCGUUUUUCAGUCAGAAAUACAAAAGUGAAAAAGGGUCAGAAGGGAAAUCCCAAAGGGCGUCAGAACGAAAGGGUGGUGAUCCAGUAUCACUACACACAGUGGCCCGACAUGGGAGUUCCCGAGUACGCCCUCCCGGUCCUGACUUUCGUGAGGAGAUCCUCAGCAGCACGCACGCCGGAGAUGGGCCCUGUGGUGGUGCACUGCAGCGCUGGUGUGGGCAGGACAGGCACCUACAUUGUAAUAGACAGCAUGCUGCAACAGAUCAAAGACAAAAGCACAGUUAAUGUCCUGGGAUUCCUGAAGCAUAUCAGGACACAGCGUAACUACCUCGUCCAGACUGAGGAGCAAUACAUCUUCAUCCAUGAUGCCUUGCUGGAAGCCAUUCUUGGGAAGGAGACUGAAGUGUCUUCACAUCAACUGCAUAGCUAUGUCAACAGCAUCCUCAUACCAGGAGUAGGAGGAAAGACACGACUGGAAAAACAAUUCAAGCUGGUUACACAAUGUAAUGCAAAAUAUGUGGAAUGCUUUAGUGCUCAGAAAGAGUGUAACAAAGAAAAGAACAGAAACUCUUCAGUCGUGCCAUCUGAGCGUGCUCGGGUGGGUCUUGCCCCAUUGCCUGGAAUGAAAGGAACAGAUUACAUUAAUGCUUCGUAUAUCAUGGGCUAUUAUAGGAGCAAUGAAUUUAUUAUAACCCAGCAUCCUCUGCCACAUACUACGAAAGAUUUCUGGCGGAUGAUUUGGGAUCAUAAUGCACAGAUCAUUGUCAUGCUGCCAGACAACCAGAGCUUGGCAGAGGACGAGUUUGUGUACUGGCCAAGUAGAGAAGAAUCCAUGAACUGCGAGGCCUUCACCGUCACGCUCAUCAGCAAAGACAGGCUGUGCCUGUCUAAUGAAGAACAAAUUAUUAUCCAUGACUUCAUCCUUGAAGCUACACAGGAUGACUACGUCCUAGAAGUUCGGCACUUCCAGUGCCCCAAAUGGCCUAACCCAGAUGCCCCCAUAAGCAGUACCUUUGAACUUAUCAACGUCAUCAAGGAAGAGGCCUUAACCAGGGAUGGCCCCACCAUUGUUCAUGAUGAAUAUGGAGCAGUUUCAGCAGGAAUGUUGUGUGCCCUUACCACCCUGUCCCAGCAACUAGAGAAUGAAAAUGCUGUGGAUGUUUUCCAGGUUGCAAAAAUGAUCAAUCUUAUGAGGCCUGGUGUAUUCACAGACAUUGAACAAUACCAGUUUGUCUAUAAAGCAAUGCUCAGCUUGGUCAGCACUAAAGAAAAUGGAAACGGUCCCAUGACAGUGGACAAAAAUGGUGCUGUUCUAAUCGCCGAUGAAUCCGAUCCUGCCGAGAGCAUGGAAUCUCUAGUGUGAUUGGAAUCCCGAACGGGCACUUAAUUUGUAUAACUUCUGAAGAUCGAGAACUUUUUUGAGGCCUUUUUUGCCAGACUCUAGGUUAUACAAUAACCCAGUUACUUUUUUACACUGAUAAAAGUUUUGAUAUUUAUUUUUUGCCAUUUUAUGUCUUAAUGGUAUUCUACUGAGCAUUUGCACCUCUGUUCAUUUCACCCAGUGAAACGCAAUUUCACCUAGUUUGCACUAUCUGAUCAGUGUUACUGCCUAUAAUCUAAUCCUAAAACCCUGAUGUGACAUUCCAUAACAACAUACAUGCUACUUUUUAGUUCAGUACAGUGACAGUCUUUCUUAAUGACAGUGAAUCUUGAUUUUAUUAUUAUUAUUAUUAUUAUUAUUAUUAUUGCUAAAAGCAGUUGCAUUCUACUAGCAGGCAAUGCUGUAUUUUUCCUCAGUCCUCCUCUCCUAUUUUGUUUUAGACAUUAUUCAAUACCGUAUUCCUUCUAUAUUUUAAUGGAGUGGAUGAACUUUUGUUUUCUCUUAAAGAACAGAAGGUUAUUGGGAGCUAUUAAGAAGGUCUGUCAUCCUCAUGGCCUUGAAACAGUUCCAUUUAUGAUGGUGAAGAUACCAAUUAAGAAAUUAGAAGGUUUAAGAUUUGCUUCACGUGAACAUCACUUAUUAGUUACAAAUUUAUAUUCAUACAUUUAAAAAAUGCCCAAUUGUGUCAAAAUAAAGGAUAUCUCUGUAUUACAGUUUUCACAGUAGCUAUGUGAAUAGUGUGUGUUAUUUACAUUUUGACUCUCUGAAAUAGCUACACCCAAAAAUCAGGGCUAUCUUUUACAAUAGAGAGAUGGCAGUAUUUUACACAACUGAGUUAUGAAACCCUUCAGUGACUCUCCAUUAAUGCUUCUUGGUUCAUAAUAGCGUAUCUCACAGCAGGUGGAAUAAUGAAAAUUUUACAGGUGUGUAAUUUUGAAACUAGUCCUCUAAAAUCCCUAUGACUCAUACAGCAAUCUAAUAAAAGCUACCUAUAUAGUUAACAUUCUUUUCUUUCCUUUUUGCCACAUGUUUCAUGAUAAGUCUCAUAAUUACAUAGAUUCUUCUACUUAGGAUUACAUUGAAAAUACUCUAUUAGCAAAAGUCUUAGGACUAUCUGAACUCCCACACGUGGAUAAAUCUGAUUUGGAGAGAGAAAAUUAGAAUCUUGAAUAAAAGGUGAUAUCUACAUUUUCAAAUAAUUUUUAAAAGAGAGAGAUGGCUUUGUGUGCUUUUGUGUAAUUUAGCCUCAAGAACAGACACUCUCCAGUAAAAGAAGCUGAUGAUCAUGACACAGCCCAAGGAGGUGAUUCGGUCUAGCGUCUGGAGCCAUAUUCACCCCAGUACCUAACGGCAAAAUUAGGAGCAUUAAUUAGGAAUUUCAGUUCCAUUAGUUAGAAAAAGAAGCUGCUUAGAUCUGUUUCUUCCACUGCUUGUUUGCUUUUGAGGGACAUCUGUCAGCAGUGAAAUCACCACCAAAACUGGGCCUGUUAGGCAUAAAAGGGUUUUGGUUAUUUUUUUAUGUCAAUAAACUUCAAGUCCACACUGGCUGUUAUCAUACGAUACAGGUUGGCAUUAGGACAUUAAUGAUAAUCAGCACCGAGGUUCUGGGUAUCUUGAGUUGGCUUCCUGUGAAAUUUGUCAGAAUGGUGUCGAAGGAUCAAAGCUGCUAAGGAGAGAGAGGCGACAGGCCAAAACCAGGAGUUCCAAUGCACAAGCCAAGUCAAGGGCAUUUUCACGAACUGCAUAACUUGCCAGCGUUAGGCUAAUCUGAACAGUCCACUGCUCACAAACUGUAGGCUUGAGAGAACACCUGCAAGUGAGCAAAGUUUGCUACAUUGUAUGUGCUAGAUAACAAAAACAAUGAACCCCUCUGUUCCCAUUAGAGGCUCUGCCUAACACUUCAGAAAAAGCUUGAACAUAGGACACUACAACUGCCAGAAGGCUAAAGGGAAUCAGGAAGGGAAAGGUUUCAGAUCAUGGCAAGAGCUAGAUCAGCUUAGUCAAUUAAGUAGGUUACUUUGGCUGUAGAGAAUAUUAAUAUGAGCUAACUCUUCCCAGUAGUUGGCACAGUGGACUUGACCUUUAGAAGUAAUGUUCGAGUUGGGGUUCAUGGUCCCCCAGUAAUUUUUUCGUAAUAUAAAAGUAAACGUUGGUUUGAAGACACAUAGCAAGUAUUCCCUUCUGUGCUAUUUACAGAGGGCUCAAUUCAUGGAAAUGCACACCCUCGAACACAAAUUCUGAGACAAUCUCUUAGAUGGGCAUCAGAAUCAUGACAAAAGAGACCGCUGAUAAACAGCAUAGAAACGUUACAGGGAUGGUUUAGAAGUUCUCUGAGCCAACUGUGUGUCUAGAGCAGGCCUGAACCACAGUACAAAUCCUGACCCACUGAACUGUGAGCAAUCGCUAUUUGCCCAUCUUGCCAAAGUAACCCAAACACACUUCCCGGAGGAGAGUUCUAUACAGCAGUUCCUCCCUUUCACCAGAGAGUGUGUCCUCGCUACUAUUCUUCAUUUAUUAUUGGCAGAAACAUCAUUGCAUCUUUCCAGAGGCAGAGUUUCAAAGAUGGUGUUUUCUUUGAGACAUGAGCACAUUGCUUAACUACAUAACAAGGUGAUUACUACUUGCACUCAGGGGGAAAGGAAAUAGCAAAUUAAUGUGUGCUAUUUUAUAAGAUAAGCUCAUUGGGUGUAUGAAUUCAGCUCUAGGUAAACAGAAUGCACACAUCAUUCAAAAGGGAACUGCAAUGAUCAGACCGAGUGGCCGUGCUGGACAUCAGAGAAAAGACACUUUAUUUCCGUCAGGAGAACGCUUUCUUGCAUCCAAAACUACAAUUUUUUUAUAUAUAUAAAAAAGUUAACUUCUGAAUUUCAAGAAGAGUAAGCUUAGUAAUUGGUUUUCCUAAUUUUUAUGCCUUGGAGCUUUCAGUCUAUUUCAAGUUGAAGGGUCCAGCAAGGUCAGAGAAGGGUACGGUGUUCAAGGUCUGGCUGUUGGAGUUUUUAGCCCAGAGUGACAUGUUUAAAUCAACAGAUACCCUUAAUUAUUUUUUAAUGACACAGCACAACUGCCUUGUUAUGAAUUUUUCUUAAAUGCAUAUAGACUGUAUUUAAAAAUUAAAAUAUAGAUACCAAUUUACCAAAGAUACAUAUUACUAAUUCUAAGCAAAAAAUAUGAAAAAGAAAUUCAAACUCAUCAUUAUUUAAGAAAUAAUAAUCAAAAUGUAGUUUGUCUUAAGAAUUUAGCAGUUAUACUGGAAAAUGCAUUUCAACUCCUAUGUUCUAAAGUUUAUGUUCAAAUGGUGCCAGUGACUUUUUAUAUGAAGGGAAAAUGCCUGCUUUUUGUUUUAAAAACCUGUAAUUUCACUUAACCCUUUGCGCUUUCCCUUAAUUGCCAUUUAACAUACAAUACUGGCUUUACUUAUCUCUAGAAAGAAGGCAUGAUACAAAUAAGAAGGGAUUGUAAUAAUGAUAUUUGGCCUCUACUUUGUCUUAGCUGUUAAACUGUUUUUAGUAUUUUUGUUAAAUAUUUGCAAACGGAAGCAUUUUCUACAGAGGAUAAUUAAUUUCAAGAAAAAAUAUCUUGAGUUUUAAGAAAUAAAAAUCUCCAGAAAAGGAGACAGCCAAUUUUAUAAAAUGUCACAACUCUCCAACAUUUGGGGUAGUGACUCCUUUUUUGUUAGGACAUUUGAAACUAGCAAGCAGCCAUUGUUUCUUAAAAAAAAAACAAAAAAAAACUCAGCCUUCAUGUUGAUUCCUCUUUCUUUCACUUCAUUUUGAAAUAGCUAAAAUCAUUAAAACUGUAAAUAUUUUGUUGCUUGGAUAAGCAUAUUCUGGGAACUUUGUAUCUAUGGUAUAUAAUCAUAGAAUUUUAUAUUUUCAUAUAAAGCUAAUUUUUUUCUAGUUUCAACUCCGUCAUAGUUUUUUUUUUUUUUUUUUUUGGUUUUUAUUUUUUUUUUUUGUGGUGGAUAUGUGAAUUCGACUUUCCGUGUAUUGAAGUAGCAACAACCAUCUUUGCAUUCCAAGAGAAUCCAAUGUGUUAUUUCUUUGAGGCAGUGAUUGUGAAAGUUGGCAUUUCUUUUUUAAUUCCACGGACCAUUUGUGCAAUAGGAAUUAGACAUAGUCACUGAAUACAGUCCGUUGCAUUGACCCAUUUGGAAAAAGUGGUUGUUUAUUUUUUUUUUUUAAUAUGUUCGGGGGGGAGGGGUUUUGUAACCUGAAAUUUUUCCCUUUUUCUUCUGUUUAAAACUAUAUCAAAUCAUUCUAUUAUAGUGUUAUUUAAUAUGUAAAUUGUAUUGCUAUACAUAAAAUAAAGUAUGGUUUUUGAUGUA